AUGGCUCCGCCAGAUCUCAACUCUCUUCCUCCAUCAAGAUCCAUGUCGUCCUCACCGAUGCAAACCCGUUCGAUACAGACCGCGGCCUCGCCGCCCGUUCGACAAGACACUCAGACUCCCUCACCGCGCACUUCCUCCAUAUCUCUGGCCACUGCUGCAAUGACAAAUGCGGCGAACGAAUCCAGAAGAUCUUCCCUGAGUAAUCGCGGCUCCCCGAGACUGGGACGAAUGCCUUCCGACCGCCGUCGUUCACAAGUUGCUAUGGGCCUCAAUCUGAAUGACCCGACCCUUCCGAGUCCUGGCGAACUCUCCAACAGCGAUCCUCGAAUCAACCUGGGUCACAGCUUUGUGUCUGCGAGUCCUGCCACCAUUGGUGGGCGGUCUGCAAUUGCCACAGGCGAUCCCCAUCACCAGCGACAACCCAGCCUCGGCGACAUCCAUAACGAAUUGGAGCAAGAGCAGGAAGCCCAGGUGAAUAGAAUGCUGCAAAUGAUACGAGAACAACAGCUGCAACUGGAAGCCCUGCGGAACAGUCAGUCGGAACAGCAGUCGAACCGCACACCACAACCCACCGCCACCGCCGCUGGUAACAAUGGCACCGCUGUCGUUGACGACGACACUCCGCACGGCACUCCUGCAUCUGAACGCUCGAUUUCCUUCCCACCAGUCCCUGCCUCGAUCCCUUCGAUUCCACAACCCAGACGCUUCUCUCGCGGUCCGUCCAGCGCGAGUCGCUCUCCAGCCCUGCGACCUAUGCAAGGAGGCCAUGAUUCUAGCCUUGGAGCCAGCGGUGAAUGGCCACCAUCUCCGGUCGAAACGGCUGCGAGAAGAAACAGUUUCCGUGACGAGAGUGCCUUCUACCAAGCCGAAACCGCCAACCUCACCCGCGAGAACCAAAUGCUCCGAAUGAGAAUCCGAGAGUUGGAGAAGCAACUCAGUGAAUUGAGCUCUGUUCCGGCCAACACCCCCUCAACCCCGAGCAAUCUGGUCUCAAGCCCGUCUGUGGAAGCUCAAGGAGAGGCAUCUGCUGCAGCGGAAGUCGCCAGGAUGACAACGGAGACGGAUAAGGCUUGA